UCAGCAUUAUAAUUUCAAAAAGGAUUUUCCUUUUCUAAAAUAAUUGCGAAUUAAUAAUAUCAACUUUUUUUUUCUCUCUCAUUUGCGUUCUUUUUUUACUCUUUUUUAAUCAUUUAAUCCUAAAAACAAAAAUGGUUUUCAAUCAGGAUGAACAAAAUGGUGAUUCGAAAAAUUUGGCUACAUCACCACCACGUCCAGCAAGAGUCAGUGGUUCAUAUAUUAUUGAACAAAUUAUGGGUGGCCAUCGUGAUCCGGUACAUAUUAUAUUUUCAAUGAAAGAUGGUUCAAAAGUUGGUUCACUUGCUGAUGCAUUGAAAAUAUUUAAAGAUUUCAAUAUCAAUUUAUUUCGUAUUGAAUCACGAUCAUCAAAACGUUAUGAUAGUGAUUAUGAAUUUUUGGUUGAAUGUUCAUCACAAGCAGUUGGAUUGAGUGCAGCAUUAGAUGAAUUGAAAAAAGAAACACAAUAUAUUCAAGUAAUUUCACGUGAUAAAGCUAAUGAUGAAACUGUUCCAUGGUUUCCACGAAAGAUUAAAGAUUUAGAUCGAUUUGCUAAUCAUAUUUUAUCAUAUGGAUCCGAAUUAGAUGCUGAUCAUCCGGGAUUUAAAGAUCAAGUGUAUCGUGGAAGACGAGCCUAUUUUGGUGAAUUAGCAAUGAAAUACAAACAUGGACAACCAAUUCCCCGUGUUGAAUACACUGAACAAGAAAUCGAAACAUGGGGAACAGUGUUUCGUGAAUUAGUAAAACUAUAUCCAACACAUGCAUGUAAAGAACAUAAUCAUAUUUUUCCAUUGAUGAUUGAAAAUUGUGGAUAUUCCGAAACAAACAUUCCACAACUUGAAGAUGUUUCAAACUUUUUGAAAGAUUGCACUGGAUUUACAUUACGACCAACAGCCGGAUUAUUAAGUUCAAGAGAUUUUUUGGCCGGUCUUGCAUUUCGUGUGUUUCAUUGUACUCAAUACAUUCGUCAUUAUUCAAAACCAAUGUAUACACCAGAACCGGAUGUUUGUCAUGAACUAUUAGGUCAUGCACCUUUAUUUGCUGAUCCAAGUUUUGCAAGAUUUUCACAAGAAAUUGGCCUUGCAAGUUUAGGUGCACCGGAUGAAUAUAUCGAAAAGCUAGCAACUUGUUAUUGGUUUACAAUUGAAUUCGGUAUUUGUAAACAAGAUGAUCAAUUAAAAGCUUAUGGUGCUGGUUUAUUAUCUAGUUUUGGUGAACUUGAAUAUUGCCUGAGCGGUAAACCAGAGAUAAGAAAUUUUGAUCCAAGGCAAACAUCUGAACAGCAAUAUCCAAUCACUGAAUUUCAGCCAGUCUAUUAUCUUGCUGAAAGUUUUUACGACGCACAGAAAAAAUUGAGAGAAUUUGCUUUUUCAAUUCCAAGGCCAUUUACUGUACAUUACAAUCCGUACACAUCAAAUAUUGAAAUAAUAGAUUCGAAAACGCAGCUUGAACAUUUAGGCCGUGAUAUUGAAAAUGAAAUGCAGAUUCUGGUUGAAAGUAUCAAAAAGAUUAAUACGCUUGUGUAAAUCAUUCAAAUAUCUGAUUUGAAAUUUUGACAAAAAAACUGAGAUU